CAGCCCGGGGUCAGCCUGUUUCCGGUGUGUCCGCGGUGCGUUUGUGUGUCAGUGAGCAGUCAGUUGAGCUCAGACUCCGCGGGUUCACUGUCAGCUGUUCAAAAUCAACUUUAUCUCAACUUUAUCUCAGUUCAGAGACGCGGCAGCAGCUUCCGGGAUGCACGCGCUCCUGCGGCGGUGUGUCGCGCGCAGGGUCGCGUGGAGAGACCUCCAUGUGGCGGCGCCCGUGGCGACCUUCAACCUGAGGAAAGUUGAGCUAACGCCUCUCGAGCAGCGAAAACUCACCUUCGACUCUAACGCCAUGGCGACGGAGCUGGAGAGCCGCGGUUUUGAGAAGCGUCAGGCGGAGCUGAUCGUUUCGGCUCUGGUCACUCUGACGACAGCGAACAUGGACAUCGUUUAUAAAGACAUGGUGACCAAAGCCCACCAGGAGAUCGCGGUGCAGCAGAUUAUGGCUCAUCUGGACUCCAUCAGGAAGGACAUGGUGAUCCUGGAGAAGAGCGAGUUCGCCAACCUUCGCUCCGAGAACACGAAAAUGAAGCGGGAGCUGGAGCAGCUGCACAACCGACUGAAGGAGGAGAGUCUGAAAGUCCGAGCAGAAACCAAACUGGACAUCAACCUGGAGCGCAGCAGAGUCUCUGACAUGUUUACUGAACAAGAGAAGAAGCUGAUGGAGGCCAGUACAGAGUUCCACCACAGGAAAGCCGACCAGGAACAUGACAGCAUGGAGAUCAACAAGAAGAUGGACCUGCAGGUGGCCUCGCUCAAGACCGUCCUGGAGUCUCUGAAACUGGAGACGAUCCGCUACCUGGCAGCGACGGUGUUCUCCUGCCUCGCCAUCGCUCUGGGAGUCUACCGGCUCUGGAGGUGAAGGAUCCGCAUCAGACCACGUCAGACCAACAUGCAACCAACUUCAGACCCGUUGAACUCGUCUUCAUCCGCCACAUAAAGUAGUUCCAGUGACGCUCUGAGGCUCACUUCAGUACAAAUACUGGAUUUAAAAUACGAGUACCGAAGUAUUAUCGGCAGUGUGAGUUCCACUGGUGAACAGUACACAUUGAGGUAUUUGUACUUUGAGUAUUUCCAUUUAUAUUAUACUUUAUAUUCUUUAUCGCUGUAUUCAGAGGGUACUUCGUAUUCUCAGCACUUCUUCAGAGUAGGAAUAUGAAGUUCAUCAUGGAAGUUAAAGUACAAGUACCUCAAAAUGUCCUCAGUUAAAACUGAAGAGCAGAAAUAUUUAGUUUCAGUGAAAAAAACAUGAAUAUUGGAUAUUUUUGUUUGUUGCCGUGGAAACGUUGAUUGAUUGUUAGAAGUGUAAAAGUAUAAAGUGUCUGUUUACUGAAAGUAAAGAUUGACUGUUAAUAACACAAA